UAUUCAGAUAAUACAAAAUUGUAGUAAAAAAAAAAAAUAUAAAAAAAAAACACAUGAAAAAUAUCCUUAAAAAAUUUUGAGAUAUUUUUGGUUAACAAAAUUCUAGUACAAAAAAAGGGGAUAAAUUAUCGUUAAAAAUUCUGCAGUGUUUUGGUUUUUUGGCCUUUUUAUACAGUUAAAUUUGUAAAAUAUGCUGCUAUCCACUUAUCAACAUGAUUAUGUUCCACCCAAUGCGAAGCGCUAUGAGUUUCUUACAAAUGCCAAAGGCUCCGAGGGGCCCAAGGUUAUAGAGUGUGAAUGUAUUGUUGAGGAGAAAAUCAAGCCACCGGCAGAAGCGGCCAAGAAUUGCAACGGAGUGGAAUGGACGGGCAUUGCGCCGAUGGGCAAGUUGGUCGAUCCUCGACUUAUACCCACAGCGUUGGCUCAAGAUCAAGUGGAUAAGAUGGCCACCUCGAUAGAAACUGACUGCUUUAAAUUGCAACCGAAUCGUUUUCUUAAAAUUCUUCGUACCGUCUAUCCAGAUCUGUAUGAGCGUCUCAAGGUGAUGCCCAAAGAGGAGUUAGGUCGACGCUUGGAGAAGAAUCGCAUGUUCACGACAUAUCAAAUCGAUUACUGUGCCAUGAAUGAAUAUCCCCAGGGUAUCUAUGAGAGUCUUAAGACUGAAGAUGAGUCAUCCAAAUUGAAUGCAGACAAAUUGUUAAGCAAUAAAGGACCUUGCUCCGAAUUCCGUACGAAUGUGAUGAACGAAUUGGAUAGGGAAACAUCCGAGGGCUAUGAAGCAUCACGGGAUGAGGGUGAGAAAUCAUAUAAGCCCUUCAAGACAGCCUUUGCGGACUCAUCACGUUUUGUGGCCUCGGGUAAUAAUUCGCAUUGGAAUACUUCGCCCACAACGUAUAAGAAAUUACCCAAUUUCACGGAAUAUAUGGACUCAAUUAGUCGCAAUGGUUGCAUUAUAAUGCGCAACAAAUUGCACGAUCAUUCUAAAUGUUUACAAAAUUAUUGUCGACAUGAAUUGAAAUUCACAUGCAACGAUAUGAAGCCCUAAGGAUAAACGACGGACAUGCAACUUUUCAUAUAUAUAUAAUAUAUGUUUACUAUAUAUAUUCAUAUACUUGUCUGAGUACAUGUGUGAAUAAAAUUACUAAUACAUUCCCGUCUAAA